AUGACUGACACUGCUGCAAAGUUGGAUGCAUCAACAAUGGUCAUCGUCGCUCUGCUUGUGCCUUGUCGUCUUUCCUUGUGUUCGCACUCGACUUCGUCUUCCAUUGUACUCGCUGGUCGUUUCCAUUCUUUUGUACCCAUAUUCCGGCGAGAAUUCGAGUUCGGUGAAUACUACGUAGCUGAAGAUUCUUCGCGAUUGUCCUUAUGUAGGAAAGGGAGGAAAAGCGGAGGGCAGGGACAGCAUUGUCGCAGUAUUGGCGGUAAGCGCAGAAUGGAGUGA